GUCCUUGACUGCAAAUUUUCCUUGAAAAGUCCUUGAAUUUGGAGGAAAGGUCCUUGAAAAUGAUAAUUUAGUCCUUGAAUCAGUCUUGGUUGUUCUAAAGUAAUGUUUUGGGGAUCAAUUUAGCCAAGCUUUAAAGCAAAAUGACAAGUAUUCAAUCCUUUUUGCGAGACUUGCUGUACUGUUGUACAAUAUGGCGGCCAAGAAAUUAAUAGAGAUUGAGGGGAAUUUUCUCCAAAAGAAAAAGUUCUUAAAAAAUUUGACUGCAGUGUUAGUAAGUUUACUAACUGUAUUUUUCUCUUUGUAAUUGGAGUCCUUCAAUAUUGAAAAUAAAUUCUUAAAAAGUCCUUGAAUUUUGUAUGAACAAAUCUGUACGAACCCUGUUUGAAGCUAGUUACCUUGAUUUUUAUCUCGAAAAAGAAAGAAGUAACAAUUAUAGAGUGGAUUUCAUUAGUCAAAGUGUAAUGCUGCAUGAUACACUAAAAAGACAGAAGAAAAUCAGGCAAAAUAAAGACAGGACAGGAAAGAUAAAAGAAAUAUAAAAUGAUCAUAAUAAUUUGUAGAAAUUACUACGGCGCAAUUAGAAAUCACUAAACUGAGAAUAUGCAAAUAAUUAAUGAAUCAACGGUUUGCAUAUCGACAUAUACAGAAGGCGAGAACUAAAGAAAAAAAAAGGAAUUCAAGGGUACAUCGAAAAGCAUAAUAACAGUAACAUAAAGCUAACAAACAUAAAAGAACAAACAAAAAAAUCAACUUUCUUUUGUCUUCAUCUAUUUUAUUCCCUAAAUUUCAAUCCCCUUAUGAGUUUCUGAGUGUGUUUCACGGGUUAAUGAAAACCACUCUAUGCGUAUUCCUUUGUAUAAUCCAUACCAAUUUGCGAUAUUUUAUUUAGCACUGUUUCAAUAGUGCCGGUGCGUGCUGCACUAUGAGCAUAAGAUCAAAAAAGACUUACGGAUGAAAAUGAUGAAGAUAAAAGGAAGUUUUUUUCUGUUUAUUCUGGUCUUGUGUUUAAAUAGCUUAAUAUGUACUUCAUUCAAGUUUCUUUCUCGGCUUGAAGCCGACAUAACCAUAGCAACAAGAAUCACUUCGUGAAACAUACCGGGUCCAGGUUACGGUGAUAUAUUCUUUAUUCUUUUACCAGCGCCGCGAUCGAUUUGAUAGAUUUUGCUUAUGAUCUUUUCACAUUUUUUUAUAUAUUUUAUCAUUGCAGCGAAAAUUUUGCAUUCGCAUUAUCCUCAGAGAAUAUACUGUAGGAUGAAAGUUUGCUUUACAUAAAAUGAUUUUAGAAAGAAAAAAAAUAACGAGUGUAUUUUAAAGUUAAAGAAAGAAAGAAAAAAAAAUUGAAGCUGCUCGAUCGAGUCGAACCCGAGAGCGUCAGUUCAACGCCGCUAUUCAAGAAUGAUCUUGCAAGUAAAAUACACCUACUUGCAGAAACGUUGUCAUAGAAAAUAGACUAGAACAUUUGAAUUUAGUAAAAGGGAUAAAUUAAAACAAGACAAAAGAAAGCGUUCAGCCUCAGUGAUCUUCUUUUGUCUUGUUUUAAUUUAUUCCUUUUUACUAAAUACAAAUGUCCUAUUUUUUAUAUGACAACGAUUUCGCAAGUAGGUGUAUGUUAAACAAAUAUCUAAAGGAACAAUAAGAAUCAGUAUAUAUUUUAGUAAAAAAAAAGAAAAAGAAAGAAGGAAAGAAAAAAAUCGCUGAGAAGCGAUCGAGACGCGAAUUGAACCUGCGGUCCUAAGUUUGACGCUAUUCGYGUAUAAUAUUUUGUGUUAAAUCAAAAUAAUGGCUCGAAAAUAAUUAUUAAACAAAAUCUACAGAAAUAUUUGUUCGAGUAUCAUCUUGUUUCUAAAAUAUAACAAACGCGGCUCGUAAAUAUUAAUAAAAAUCAAACAUGACUAGAACUCUGGACUAUAAUUUUAGUUAAAAAAGAAAGAAAGAAAAAAGAAAGAAUUUUUCAGAGGUGAGGACCGAACCUUGAAACUCUGGUUUAAGGGUCCCUUGGGAUUGCUAAACUUCGACGUGACCGUGGCCUGGACACGGUAAUGAAAAUAAUCAACUGGUUAAAGACAAACGAAUAACAGUACUGUUUCCUUAUUUCCUCUAAACUGGUGUUUUCCUUUUUUCCCAGAUAUGGAAUUGUACUCGAAAAAACUCAAGAAAACCAUACUAAAGCAAACAGAACUUGAACUACAGCCAAAAGGAAUAAUACAAUCAAUGAAAACUGAUGAUAUUUUUACGAACUUGAUUGUUCACCAUGGGAAAAAAAGAUGCCCAGAACUUUUGCCACAACAAAUUCAAAGACCUCAUGGAUAUCACCCUGAUCGUAAGACGCUGACUGAAAUCAAGCAAUGUAGUGAGAUUUUUGUUGACGAGGACGAAAAAGACACUACCGUCAAGAGAAUAUUACUUUCAGGUGAACCAGGCGUAGGGAAAACACUGUUCUCGCAGAAACUUCUUCGUGAUUUGUCUACCAAUUCCAUAUCGCUCCCUGAAAUUAAGUUUACUUACCUCAUAACGUUUAGACAAUUGAACAAUUUUUCCAACGAAGAAACGUUGAACCUCAGAGAACUGCUAAAUCUUUGCCCUUUAUUGAACGAUGGAACCAUGAUAGACGAGAAUGUGAUGGACUACAUUCUUCAGCAUCAAGAGCAGUUAUUGAUUGUUCUGGAUGGCUUUGACGAAUAUAAAGACAGCAACAAAAUGCUCGGAGAUUUUGAAAGUCAAUUUCCUAAUGAUAGUAAAACCAAGAAGCCAGUAGCAGCUCUUCUAAGCAAACUAAUCAGAAAAAAAAUCUUGGCCGAUGCUGUCAUCAUGGUUACUUCCAGGCCGACCGAAGCGAACGCUUUAGACAAAGAAAUGCACCCUGAUCACUAUGUCGAAAUUACAGGAUUCUCAGAAUCAGAGGUUAUUGCAUAUGUUAAGAAGUAUUUUAGUACAAAACCAGAAGAAGUAAAAAACGUAGCACUUCGUAAGGUUYAAGAAAGCGCGCACUACAUUUCAUUUGGUCGCGUUCCUUUCCGUUGUUUGUUGAUGUGUGUGUUCAUCGAGUGGAAAAUCAAAAAACACGAUAAUUUAUGUCCUCUCACACUUACAGAGUUUUAUUUUCAAGUAAUUCAAUGUAUAGAAGAGAAUUACAACAAAGCAAUACUUAGCUUAGAUGACAAAGCCGCUUCGUUGGCUGUUGACAAAACGCUCGAUAAUUUUUCAAAGUUGGCGGCUCUUUUAGCCGAACAAAAGAGAUUUAGUUUUACCUCACAAGACCUAGAAAACCUAAAAUUAUCAGAAAAUGAAUUAUUGUACAUAAAAUCUAGUAAUCUUAUAUUUUGUUAUCCUGUUUCAAGUAAUAAUUCGCCAUUUCAAAAGCCAAUCUGUGAAUAUAGCUUCACGCACUUGACCAUUCAAGAGUUUUUUGUUGCUCGGUAUUUGGUGAAGAAACGCGUAAUGGCGGCAGAAGAAAGCUCUGAAAUGGUGUACACAUUCAUGAGCGGUUUGUUAGGUUUAAAUGAUAAUAAUGAAUUAAUGSUAGAACUACUAGAGUGUCUAGGUAAACAUAUUAAAGAUGAAGGUAGACUAAGACUGGUGUCAUUGCGAUGCCUGCACGAGUUUGGUCAAGACAAACGCUUGACAAGACAAGAACUAAAUACAAACCGUGACUACAGAUACUGGUAUCGUGAUGGGGAGAUUGUAUUACAUCAUGUAACCGACACGGACUGUGAUGCAAUCGCUAUGUUAGUAGAAUCCACUGCUACAUCAAUAUCAUCACCACCACACGCAUUGUACAUUGAAUGGUCACGGACUAUAACCAUUACUGGGAUAAAGAGAUUGAUGUCAUCACUCAUUAUUACAAACUGUUCAAUAACUAGACUGGAGCUGGUGUGGAGUUAUUUGAAUGAUGAACAUGUAAAGUGUUUGUGUAAAGAUUUACAAAAGACAAAAAUAACCGAGCUAAUCCUGCAGGGUAAUGAAAUAACUGAUGGUGGAGUGUAUGACAUCAUGAAACACUUACACAGUAAUCUCACCUAUCUAGACCUGGAUAUUCUGCACCGACCUCAACGAUCCCGCAGCAGCGUUGAUAAAACAACGUACAAGUAUAACCUUCCAAACAACUAG